AGGAGGCGGCUGGAGACGCGCUGAGGGUCUCCCAGCGCCCGUCCUGCGCCCCCGGCCCCUUUUCUUUGCCGGUCAACGCCUCCGGCCGUCCAGAGCGCCUUUGUCUCCUUCCUAGAGCCACUGGCUGAUGGGGCAGCGGGGGACGCGGACCCCGGCGCUGCGGUCCGCCAGGAGCGGCGCGGCCGGUGUGUCCCGGCUGCGAGGGCCACGGCAGCCGUGAGUUCCCAAGGUCACAGAGGCCUCGGUGAGCCGUGAGACCGCUCCUCACCACCCACACCUGGGCCUCGGCCCCGAGCGAAAAGUUGCUGCUGGUUCACGUGGGCCGAUGAGGUCCGGUGUCCAGCGGGUGAGAAAGAGCAGCGCCCUUCGUGUGGUCCCUGCCAGCUGGGUGAGCUGGAGACCUGUCUGGACAGCUGGAACUGUAGUGCAUGCAGGUCUGCUUGCUGGCAAAUGGUGGGGCUGGGCUGGUUCUUUCUUCAGGGUAAUGUUGAAGGUGGCUACAGGACCCCCUGUUCUCACAGACUCAUAGAACCAUGGAAUAGACCAGGCUGGAAGGGAGCUGGAAAGAUCACUGGUCCAACUUUUGUGGGAGGGAGCCUAGAUGAGAUGAUCGAGCACCCUGUCCAGUGGCAGCUUGGAAAUCUCCCCUGACAGGGACUCUACCACCACAUCCCUGUGUUUCAGUCGUUGGUUGCUCUCACCGUAAGAAAAUGCAUGUUGUGCCUUGUCUUCUCCAUGUAGUACUUGGUGAGGAGAGCCUCCGCCCUCUUUGUAGCACUAUGGUAUAUUGAGAUUAGCCCCCUGCCUCCAAGCCUUCUCUCCCCCAGGGAGAUAAGAUGUAACUCCUGUCUUUCCUCACAGGGCAGGUUGUCUUCUCUGCCCAGUUCACCCAGCAACCCUGGGUGAAGCUGCUUUCAAAUCUAUCACCCAAAUCCUUGUGAAGAUGAACAGCGUGGAGCCCAGCAACAGUCACAGGGAAACCUCACUUGAAACAGGCUGCCACCCUGAGAUUAAAAACAUUGAUCAAGACCCUCUGAGUGCAGCCUGUUGGCGAGUUUUCUACCCAUCUUGCAAACAACCUAACCAAUCUGUGUCUUGCCACUUAGUCCAAGAGAAGGCUUCCUCAUCGGUGGAAGCAGAGUGAGAUGACUUCCAAUAUUAUCCCACUGUGAAUGCAGCAGAGAUAGAGCAGCAGACAAGAGUCACUCCACUUGUUUGCACUAGUGCAGCCACGGCAAAGAUAAAAGACCCAGUGUCACAGCUUUUACCCAGGUUGCUGAAUUGUCGGCAUAUUUGGAAGAGAUGGAUGUCUCCAGUGAGAUAUGGAUGUGCUGCACACCUUGCCUGUGCCCUGUGUAAGGCUGAGUGCUCAGAAGAAGCCCAGACAGCUUCCUUGCCCUGCCUGGCUCAGGAAACAUGGACACAGAGCCAUGAGGAGUGAGCAGCACAUUGGGGUGAUGGAGAGAAAGGAGGACUGACCCACAUGGCGUGCAGGGAUAAGAGGAUGGAGAAGUACUGGACUACUUUGCUUGCUGUAGGAACACAAACUGGUGAUGGAUUUUGAUCUGACUGGUAUGCAAGGAUGUCUACAUGUGUCUUUGCUGGAGAAGAGUUGUGGCUGAGAAGAAAUCAUUGUUUUGCCAACAAGAAUACUUGUCUAGUACAAACAGUUUCUGCAGUAGAGAAAAGUUUUUGCAGCCUCCCUGAAUUUUUAACAUAGCUGCAGCUUUUGCUCUUAAUAUAACAAGGCUUCCUAAAGUACAUGUUCUAAAUCACUAGCAGCUCAUUGCAAAUGCCAAAUAUUCAUAACAAAAUUGACUCCCAAAUUAAAGAAAAAUUUAGUGGUCCAGAAAUACUCUCAUUAAUCAUUCUGUAGAUCAAUGGAAAUCAAAAAUCAUGAAUUAGUCCUGUCCUGUUCUUCCCCUAAGCCACGGCUUAAAAAUCAGGAGUCAUAUUUUUGUGGUUAAAUCAGUCUGAAUUAUUUUGUUCACUUUGUGGUAACUGGAGUCUGCAUCUCAUAGCUGGAUCAUGUUUUCAAUUAUGAUUUAAAGUUCCCACAACAUCUGCAGAGUUCUUGUUUAAGGAAAGCCAAGAUUCUCCCACACCUGACCCAUUGUGGGUAAAGAAAUGAAUUUUGUUACUUUGCUAAAAGUGCAGGUGUUGGCAACUGUGAAUACAGGUGGUAUGUUUCAAAGAGGACAGUAAUCUACAGAAUCAAGUAAUACACUGGACUGAUAGUGAAAUUUUAUCUUCACAUGCCUUUGAGUUACUUUUUUGUUUCCUAAAGCAUCUUGCCAGAUAAAUACUCUUUUUUUCCCCUUUGUAUUUCAGAUUUUGCAUCCUAAAUAUUGCUUCUACUGCUGUGCUUCAGGGACAAUUUUAAGUUCUUGGUACACCACAAUCCCCCAGGACUAAAGAUGAAGCUAAAAAUUCUGAUACAAAAGCAGAAAACAGCCUGAGAGGUUUAUACAAAGGCCAUAGGAAACCCAGCUUUAGUUGCAGCAGUAUUGUUAAAUUCAAGCCUCAAACAGAAGAAACAGGUGGCCAUGGGAAAGGGCCCUUUAUCCAGCACUGCCUGGGGGGAGUGAUGAUGCUCAUGCAGCUCUUGGCUGCUCGAGCUCUGUUGGUACAGCACUGUGCUUCAGCUGCAGAUCUGUGCAGGCACAAAACCUGUGUGCAUGCUAUGCCUAAAUUGGGGAGGGGGUGGGGGGAAGAUCUGCUCAUCUACACAUGGGAAGUAAGUUCUUAUCACCUGCUGCCUGCAAGCCAAGCACAUCCCCCUCACACAUGAAGGCCCAGUUUUGCCCUGUGGUUUCCCCAAACACCCCCCUCCCUGCAUCUCUGUGUAGCUGUUGCUCUAACAGGAACUGUUUUGCCUUCACAGCCUUUAGCAGAUGAUGCUCUAAUCUCCCUUUGGCAUCUCCCUGCCAGUUGCCAAUGCAGCCAUGUGCACAUCUGAGAGCAAAUUUUCUAGGACAGCACUGGGAGAUCCAGAAGUGCCAUGCUGUGCCAGCCCACCUGUCUGCAAGCUGCAGAGAAAUCCCCAGUUUGUCAGUCCAGGAGCCCAAAGUGACUGAAAGACCUUUCCAGAGCCACGAGCAUGAGAAAUGAUUCCUGUGUCUGGAGGAGUGCAUUAAGAGAGAGAUGUUGAGGGAGCUGAGGUGCUAAGGAGGGAACUUCUGGGAAUGCUCUGCACAUGAAAACACUCCAUGAAUCAGUUAUAAAUGGGACUGACCUCUCAUCCAUCCAUCAGGAGCCUUCCUCGCUCCAAAAUUUGGGCUGCUUCCUAUCCUGUCUCAUAUAGGAGGUGAUAUUGAUGAGCAGAAAAAGGGCUGCUGCUCCCGCCGGCUUUUAGGGAGCGAUGACAACCGUGAGGAGAGAGGCGUUCGGGCGGAUGCCCCCGGAGGAGGGAGGCGGAGAGGUGGAGAAGUUCGUCUUGCAGUCGGACAGCGUGAGAGUGGAGAUCCUGUCUUUUGGGUGCAUCAUCACCACUCUGGAGACAAAAGACAGGAAUGGGCAGUUUUCAGAUGUUGUCCUAGGAUUUGACACUUUAGAAGGUUACACGAGGAAGCACCCGUUCUUCGGUGCUGUCGUGGGCCGUGUUGCCAACAGGAUUGCCAACGGGAGGUUCAGCCUGGAUGGGAAGGAGUAUCAGCUGUUCCUCAACAACGGGCCCAACAGCCUGCACGGAGGAGCCAAGGGAUUUGACAAGGUUCUCUGGAGCCCCCAGGUGCUCCCGAAUGGUGUCCGCUUCUCCCGGCUCAGCCCCGACGGCGAGGAAGGCUACCCUGGUGACCUGAAAGUCUGGGUGACCUACACCCUUAGUGGCAGGGAGCUGGCCAUCAACUACCAGGCCCAGACCAGCAAGACAACCCCCAUCAGCCUGACAAACCACGCUUACUUCAACCUGGCAGGGCAGGGCUCUCAGGAUGUGUAUGACCACGAGAUCUCCAUUGAAGCAGAUUCCUACCUGCCUGUGGAUGACACCAAGAUCCCUACUGGGGAGGUGGCUGCUGUGCAGGGCACUGGAUUUGAUCUCCGGCAGCCUGUGGAGCUGGGCAAGCACUUGCAGAAGUUUCACCUGGAUGGCUUUGACCAUAACUUCUGCUUGCAUCAGGGGCAUGAUCGACGCCUUGUGGCCAGGGUUUUCCACCCUCCCACUGGCCGGACCAUGGAGGUUCACACCACCCAGCCUGGCAUCCAGUUUUACACCGGGAACAACCUGGAUGGCUCCCUGAAGGGCAAAGGUGCUGCCACGUACCCCAAGCACUCAGCUUUCUGCCUGGAAACCCAGAACUGGCCUGAUGCUGUUAACAAGCCUCACUUCCCCAAUGUCCUGCUCCAUCCGGGUGAGGAAUACAACCACACCACGUGGCUUGUGUUCAACACUGCUUGAGGAGAAGGGCUGCUGACUUCCACCACUGAGGGGAACCCGAGCGGGACCGGCGGGGAGACACGGACCUAGACCUACGAGGAGACACGGACCUGGACCUACGAUAGGAAGCUGAUCUGGACCUGCAGAGAAAGCAAUUCCAAGAGUUGUUCAAGUGUAGCUUUUUCUGGGGAAAAGAAGGCAGCGGGAAUAAAAGAAAAACUCAAACACACCUCCUACCACGGCUGCGACUGCGUGACCGGGAAUACCUUCUUCCACGGGACCUCGAGCGGGAUCUAGACCGGGACCUGGGUUUAGGUUAGAAAAAACCGGUAUCAGCAGACAGCUGCUGCACCCAGCACGUGUGAGGCCCUGCUGAAGUCAAAACUUUUUUCAGACAACUAAAAAGAGAAUUUAAAUAUAAAAUAAUAAAAGAAAAACCAAACCAAACAAAACAACAAAAACACACCACUAGCAUCUGUCAGUUGGAAAAAUGUCUGGGCCUACUUGUCUUGAUCAUUUUUACUACCUAGAAAAAUGUUAAAGCUGAAUUACAUUGCAGAAUUACAUUAGAAUAGAAAACACUGUAAUGCGUAUUUAAAAUAAACCUUGCAAGUUUGCAGGUCGACCCUC